AACAGCUAUUUAUACUCUUAAUGAGUACUUUUUGACUGAGUUUUAUGAAACCAUUCUGAAGAGGCUGACGAUUUUACUAUCUCAUUUUUUUGCUUUCUCCAGAAUGGGUUCUGGGUGGGUCCCCUGGGUGGUGGCUCUGCUAGUGAAUCUGACCAGACUGGAUUCCUCCAUGACUCAAGGCACAGACUCUCCAGAAGAUUUUGUGAUUCAGGCAAAGGCUGACUGUUACUUCACCAACGGGACAGAAAAGGUGCAGUUUGUGGUCAGAUUCAUCUUUAACUUGGAGGAGUAUGUACGUUUCGACAGCGAUGUGGGGAUGUUUGUGGCAUUGACGAAGCUGGGGCAGCCAGAUGCUGAGCAGUGGAACAGCCGGCUGGAUCUCUUGGAGAGGAGCAGAGAGGCCGUGGAUGGGGUCUGUAGACACAACUACAGACUGGGCGCACCCUUCACUGUGGGGAGAAAAGUGCAACCAGAGGUGACAGUGUACCCAGAGAGGACCGCACUCCUGCACCAGCACAAUCUGCUGCACUGCUCUGUGACGGGCUUCUAUCCAGGGGACAUCAAGAUCAGGUGGUUCCUGAAUGGGCAGGAGGAGAGAGCUGGGGUCAUGUCCACUGGCCUUAUCGGGAAUGGAGACUGGACCUUUCAGACUGUGGUGAUACUAGAAAUGACUCCUGAACUUGGAGAUGUCUACACCUGCCUUGUCCAUCACUCCAGCCUGCUGAGCCCCGUUUCUGUGGAGUGGAGAGUUCAGUCUGAAUAUUCUUGGAGAAAGAUGCUGAGUGGCAUUGCAGCCUUCCUACUUGGGCUAAUCUUCCUUCUGGUGGGAAUCGUCAUCCAGCUUAGGGCUCAGAAAGGAUAUGUGAGGACACAGAUGUCCGGUGAUGAGGUCUCAAGAGCUGUUCUGCUUCCUCAGCCAUGCUAAGGUCCUCACUGAAGCUUCUCUCCCUGGAGCCUGAAGUAGUGAUGAGUAGUCUGGGCCCUGGGUGAGGUAAAGGACAUCCAUGAGGUCAAUGUUCUGGGAAUAACCCUCUUCCCUGAUCUUUGGAGGAGCCUAAACUGAUUCUGGAGCUCUGUGUUCUGAGAUCAUGCAUCUCCCACCCAUCUGCCCUUCUCCCUUCUACGUGUAUAUCAUUAAUCCCCAUUGCCAAGGACACUGUCCAGAAACUCCCCUAAGACCUUACUCCUUCCAGCCCCAAAUCAUUUACUUUUCUGUGGUCCAGCCGUAUUCCUAUAAGUCAUGAUCUCCAAAGCUUUCUGUCUUCCAACUGCAGUCUCCACAGUCUUCAGAAGACAAAUGCUCAGGUAGUCACUGUUUCCUUCUCACUGUUUUUAAAAACCUUUUUGUUGUCAAAUAAAAUGGAGAUACAAAAAAUGUACAGUUUAGUGAAUUAUUGAAAGAAAACCCCUGUAAUCAAGUCAAGGAACAGGACUUUGUCAGCUCCAGCAGAAGUCUCUGUGUACGUCAGGCCAAUCAUAGCCUCUCCCUCCCCUCAAAAGUGACCAUAUCCUGAGUUUAUUGUAACCUCUUUCUUGUCUUUGUAGUCUAUUCCCCCAGGUAUGUGUUCCUGGACGCCACAGCUUAGUUGUCUUUUACGUCUCUUGUACUUCACUGGUUUCUCCCCCAUCAACCUUUUUUCCCCCUUAUGAUUAAUCUGUUGAAAAGCUCGAGCCAUUUGACCUGUAGAGUUUCCCACACUCUGGACUUUGCUGGCUGCGUACACACGGUGCGGUGUAACACGUCCUCUGCCCUCUGGGCCUCCUGCAAAUUGGCAUCUGGAUGCAGAGCCUGGAUCAGUCUCUGGUUCGAUCUUUUCCUUUGGAAAAUCUGUACGUGGUGUUGUGGCCUUUCACCAUGAGACACAUAAUUUCCAGCUGUUUCUUUUUGUGAUGUUAUCAACCAUUGAUACUAAUUGCUUAGGUCUGUUAAUUUAUUGGGGAUUGCUGAAUGGUGAUAUUCUGUCACUUUUUCUUUAUUUAUAUGCUUUAUUAAUGCUACAAAGAGGCAGUUCCCUUCAUUUACUAGUGGGCUACUCAGUGGUACAGUGGAAAGGCAGGAUCAGUGUGUGGUACAGUGGAAAGGCAGGAUCAGUGUUUGACUCUCCUUUUAUUUACCAAUUUUCAAGUUAACAAAUUGGUUUCCCACUAUGAAUAAAAUCUAUAGAUGGC